AUGCAUCUCACAACCACCUCAUUUCUUUUCAUUUUUUUGACAAAUUCCCUGCCGGAAUAUGUGGAUUCUUAUAAAGUUUUCGUAUUCAAUCCAGCAUUUGGGGCAAGCCAUUCGAAUUUUCUUGGCAAAAUAUCCGAUAUUCUCGUUGAUGCCGGACACGAUGUUACAAUGUUCAUACCUGUAUUUAUGCACGAAAAGAAACAUUUAGUUGGAACAAAGAAAGUGAAGAAGAUUAUUCAAUUAGAUCAAGAUCCGAGAAUAUACGAACUUCAGAAAGAAUCACACUCGGAUGAAAUAAUGAAAAAGCAAAUUUGGAAUAUGUCUUCAGACAUGACUACAUUCAUCCCUAUGUUAGCUAACUUCAACAAGGCAUUUGGCUACAAUUGUGAAUAUUUGUUUAAGCAAACUGAAUUAAUUGAACGCCUUCGCAAUGAGAAAUUCGACCUUGCAAUCACAGAAUCAUUGUUUAUUUGCCCGUUUGCUAUUCUUGAUCAUAUUGGAGUUAAAAAUGUUAUCAACGCCGAUUCAAUUCUCGAAAUGGAUUCAGUGAAAUAUGCCUUAGGGGAACCAGCUCUUCCAAGUAUUUAUCCAGGAGUAUUUUCAACGGAAAGGGACUCGAUGUCUUUUUUGGGAAGAACUAAAAAUACCGCUUCUCUAUUUUUUUCUUAUGGUUUUACUAUUUCUCGAUAUUUCGCCGAGCUUAAUGCCAUCAAGGAUUUGUAUCCGAAUGGAAAAAGUUGGCAAGAAUUGAUUAGUGGAAUCGCGUUCAAUAUGAUCAAUUCGAAUCAAUAUCUCGAUUAUCCAAGUGCGGUUCUUCCGAAAACCUUAUAUAUUGGAGGAAUGCAAGUGAACACUAAACGAGAAGGAAAAGCUAAACUUAGCAAGGAAUGGGAUCAGAUUUUGAGUCAACGGAAAAAUAAUGUGCUCGUGUCAUUCGGAUCGAACGCAUAUUCGUGUUAUAUGCCUGAUAGCUUCAAAAAAGCAUUUCUUGAUGUGUUCGCCUCAAUGUCUGAUACAACUUUUAUUUGGAAAUAUGAAAUUGAAAAUGCAACAAUUGCUGAUCACUUACCGAAUGUCGUGCUAACCACAUGGAUGCCUCAGAAUGAUCUGCUAGCUGACGAACGCCUGACAAUUUUUGUGACACACGGCGGAUUGGGAAGUACUAUUGAACUUGCAUAUCAAGGAACUAAAGCUGUCGUGAUCCCAUUGAUGGCUGAUCAGCCGAGAAAUGCUCACAUGUUGAGCCGACACGGUGGAGCAAUUCAACUCGACAAAACUCUUUUGGGAAAUUCCACAGCUAUUCGAGAAGCGAUUAUGACUGUUAUGAGCGAUCCAAAAUACGAACAAAAUGCGAAGAGAUUAGCAAAUAUUUUGGCGAAUCAGCCAAUUCAACCAAAGGAAACCGUAUUAAAACAUUGCGAUUUCGCUGUUCAAUUCGGACCAUUGGAAUCUUUGAACUCGGCUGGAAAAGUCACGUUAAGGAAGAACUCUUUUUUCUUGAACCGAAUUGCUGAUGAGCUCAAAAAGGCUGGACACGAUGUUACUUUGCUGGAAAUCGAUUAUUUGCAAAUUUCGGAUCACACGAAGAGUGCGAAAUUGGUCGAGAAACGAGUAAUUCGAAAUUUCAACAAUUCUGCGAGAUUCGUUGAUGUUCUUCAAAGCUAUUCGAAAUAUGUUCUGGAGCCGGAUGAUAUGAUCCGAGAUUUGAAGGGACUCUACGCCUAUCAAACAGUUAGCAACGAUCUUUGUCGAGAAGUAAUCGAAAGAGAUGAUUUGCUGAAUGAAUUAAAAUCGGAAAAGUUUGAUGCAUUUAUUGCCGAAACUAUUCAUAUCUGCGGUUUCGGAAUCGCGAAAGCAAUUGGAAUCGAGAGAAGAUUUAUGGUCUCCAGUUGUCCAUUCUAUGGCGGAAUGUAUGAUAUGAUCGGUCUUCCGAUUCCAACGUCUACCGUCCCCUUAUACGGUCGAAUGAGUGAGCAGCCGACAUACAUGCAAAGAGCUCAAAAUCUUGUUUGGAAUGUUUUAAAUGUGGUUGUUUUUCGUUCAAUUCACAGUCAAUUGACAACCAUAUUCCGCGAAAAAUUUGGUCCAGAAUUUACCGAUAUCACUAAAGUCGUUCGAGAUAUUGAUAUGGUGUUUAUUUCGACUGACGAAAUCAUUGACUAUGCUGCACCAAUUCUUCCAUAUAUGGUGUUUAUUGGUGGACUUGGUGUUGAGGAUGAUCAUACUCGUAUGGAUGACAAAACAGCGGCCGAAAUGAAAAAGGGAAAAAACGGGGUGAUUUUAUUCUCUAUGGGAACUAUAGCAAACACUUCAAAGCUUCCUGAAGAAGUGAUGAAGUCAUUUAUGGAAAUUGUCAAAAAGUUCUCCGAUUUUCAUUUCAUUAUUCGCGCUGACAAAUAUGAUACGGUGACUAAACAUUUCGCAAAAGGAAUUGAUAAUGUUUAUAUCUCUGAUUGGAUUCCACAGCCUGAAAUUAUUGCGCAUCCAAGACUUCGAGCUUUCAUAACUCAUGCUGGAUAUAAUGGAAUUAUCGAAUCGGCUCGCUCGGGUGUUCCAUUGAUCACAAUUCCUUUUAUGUUUGAUCAGCCAUUAAACGCGAAUGCAGUUGAAAAAAAGGCAAUCGAACAGGCGAUUGAACAUAUUUUAUCAAACCCAUCGUAUAAAAAAGGAGCCGAAAGAAUGAAGAAUUUGAUUCUCACUAAACCAAUGAACUCACGUGAUCGUUUUAUUAAAACCAUUGAAUGGGUAAUCAAGAACAACGGAAUUCCUGAACUAUUGACUGAUGGACGUAAGUUGGGAUUGAUCGAAUUUUACAAUUUGGAUAUUCUUGUGCCAUUCGUGAUAUUCCCUGGCUUCCUUUUGAUUAUCACGUUCUUCAAGCUGCAAUGGCAAACUUGUUUCGUUGCCUACAAAAAAGAUGAAAAAGUGAAAUUCGAAUGA